UUUAAAAGGAGUUUGGUCUUCAGGAAAAUUACAGUCCUCGAUUUGAAGUGAUACUCAUUACAAUGAUGGGUGCGCGAAAUAAUUUUCUUUUUAUCACUGUUUUGUGCAGUGUUUUUAUUCUCAACACUUUCAUUAAUUCUAUUCACGGAAGUCCCGUUAUCAUAGGACCUGCCAUUCCAAUAGCGCCAGCUGUAUCCUCAAAGAUUCUCGUAAGACGCGACGUGGCAGAUGCACCCUCAACGGUAGACGUUAACAAUGACCAAGUAAAGAAAUUCGUGCAACAAGGAAUUGACAAAUUAAACGAAUCCGGAAAAAAAGUUGAACUCGAAAAAAUCGUCGAAGCAGUAUUUUUCCCACCAGCUGGAAAAUUAAUGUACAACAUUAAAAUUCAAACGAAAGAUGGUCAGGAAUGUAUGGUUCAAGUUAUGAAAGAAAGUGGUCCCGAUACAUCAGUGAUGGUUGAUUGUGAGAAAAAGAUGCGAAAACGAAGAGAAAGUGAACCUGUUCCUCAAGAUAAGCCAAUGAACAGUAAAGUUGAUGAUCCUCAAGUGAAGAAAUACGCACAAGAGGGAGUGGACAAAUUAAACGCAUCGGGACAAAAAGUCCGUCUCAAUGAAAUCGUCGAAGCUGUCUUCUUCCCACCAGCUGGAAAAGUUAUGUAUGAAAUUAAAAUGAAAGUGGAGAAUGUUGAGAAUAAAGAAGACAUGAAGGUUUGUACUGUCACUGUUGAGAAGACCAGUGGACCAGAUGUGGACGUUCACGUUGAUUGUAAUUCGAAAAUGAUGAAGAGAGCGACUGAGGAUAUGCCACAAAUUGGCGAACCUUACAUUGCUGAUAAACCUGUUUCACUAGAUGUGACAAAAUCCGAUAUUGUUAACUAUGCUAAGGACGGUCUGAAGGAGUACGCAAAGAAAUACCCAGACGCUAAAGUCGAGGUCGUCGAAAUUGUCGAAGCUUUUUACACUCCAGUCAGUGUCUUCUCUCACAGUAUCAAAGUUAAGUUUGGAAGAAAGGUAAAGGACGAAAUGAAAACUGAAGUCUGCACUGUUUAUGUUCCCCAACAUAACGGACCACUACCUAUGGAAGUUAAAUGUGAUAAUUAAAAAGCUGUGAAAUUUGUUAAAAUUUGCCUUUUUGAAAAUUAAUAUAAUCUAAAAAAUAAA